UAGAAAUCAUGCACAGUUGGAAACCUUUGUGUCAUAAGCCCUUGAUGAACGAUUACUUGUAUGAGCUUGGCUUAGCCGCUGUCCUGGUGGGACUUCAUUCAGGCAAUAGAACAUGCAGGCCCUCUCAUGCAUGCUGCAUUUUUGAACUUUCUAAGACCAGAAUGAUCAUGCUGAAGGUAGAAGAAUGAAGCAGAUGUGUUGACUGUUGAUUAUGGACUCAAACUAGCACAUGCAUCGUGCAUGCUGCAGCCCAUACUAAACUAAUGCAAGUUCAUCUAUUUAUGAAACCCCCUUCAGCAUGGAAAAAUCCAUCUCAGAAAAAUCAAACACAAUCGGCCUCAUUCACCUAAUUUUGAUAGACAAAUGGCAGCUUCUCAUCUCAUGCUUCCUUGUGUCACUGCUUCUCUAGUUCUGUUGUUCGUCCCUCGCUUCUUACCAAUUGUCCAGCCACAAACCAUUGGAAAUUCACAAACAGGUCCUACUGUUAGCGAAUGUGUGCCUCGCCUGCUGUCGUUGGCUCCCUGUGAAGCAUUUGUGCAAGGCACAUCGGCAUCACCUCCUCAGACAUGUUGCUACAACCUCAGACAAGUCUACAACCAGGAACUUAGCUGCCUCUGUCUCAUGGUGAAUGACUCUUCCAUAAGUGCUUUUCCUAUCAAUAGAACACUAGCCCUUCAGUUGCCAGUCCUCUGUAAUCUUCAAGGAGGCUUAUCUGCUUGUUCAGCUGGAGACAUAGCUGUACCCUUCCCUCCUAGUUCACCAACUUCUCAAGUUUCAUUCGGGACAAAAACAAAUGCUACUGUUGCUGCCUCUCCAAUGAUCACAGUAUCGCCAACGACUGGCAUCCUGGGAUCCAUCCCGCAUAGUGUAGCAAAUUUGAAUGCAAUAAAUCACUUGGUGGUUGCAUUGAUAGCUGAAAUGCUCUUGCUUGGGAUGACAUACACUUUAGAGGCUUGGAAUAUCAUGUUUCUUACAUUCUAAGCCUUGGGUCAGUUCAUAGUAAUUAGUUACUAUAUGUCGUAUAUCCAUUGCUAAAAUAAGUUCAGCACAGUUUAAUCUCAAUUAGCUUGUUGUUGUGGAACUUAUUAGCAGUUUGAUGUUGUAGCUUAAUUCUGUAGCUCUAUAAAUUCUUUAUAAGUAUCAAACUGCAAAAUCUUGUACAUUAAAGAAGCUCUUACCUCCUAUGCCAUCAUGCUAUGUAUAACUACCGAAAGCAAAACAUUGCAUAUUAAAGAAGCCCCAGGUUCAGACAGCAUUUUUCUCUGUAGGGUCAUCCCUUAUAACUGGAUUUGUCCCAAAACAAUAAAAGAUCUGGAUACAACAGCUUUCAAAGCAAAGUUGCUAUUUAAUUACUUGAAAGAAGAACUGAUCUUUUAAAGCUUGUGAUAUGGCACUAAUCCAGAAUAGCUAUCACUGACCAGUUGCACAACUAGUUCAGAGAUAGACGGACAACUAGAUGGAAAAAUUAGAUAAAGGACAGUUUGCAACCAUGUAUAAUUCUGAGGUAAUGUUGGCAGCAACAAACCUGAAAUAUAUGUUAUGUUCUCGUUUAGGAUGUAUCUUGAGAAUAAUAUGGGUGCUUGAUUUGGUGAUGCACCUAUCAUUGUAUGCACAAGAGAAACACUCUGCUUGUUUAUUAACAGACUAUGGCAUAAAUGCACCUUCAGCUUGAAUUGGUAGUUUUUAGCCUUAUGCACUCAGAUGACAAACUAAAAUUCUGAUACUUCUUUCAAGCCAUUGAAUCAACCACAUCUUUUGGUUUUUGGCCAGGAGAAGAUCAAGUCUUUGUGGGAGGCUUAAGCUUCAUCAGCCAAAAACAUAGGGCAGAAGUCAUUAUCAGUCCCCUCAAUCGGGUAUGGCUCGGCUUCACAAGAACUUCA